GUAAUCUGUACAUGUGGGACUAGACGCGUGAUAGAUCUGCGGGAGAGUUGGCUGUAGUCUGAGAAUAUUUCCUAAGCUUGUGAAUUGAAUCAGAAACAAUGAGUUCCUUUACAGAAAAAGCACUUGUAGACAAGUUAGUCACGCUAACAAAUACACAACAGAGCAUUCAGACGAUGUCUUUGUGGCUGAUCCAUCAUCGAAAGCAUGCCAAGAAAAUAGUGACCGUCUGGUACACAUUGUUAGUGAAAGCAAAACCUUCUCGGAAACUAGGAUUCAUCUAUCUUGCCAAUGAUGUGGUGCAGAACAGUAAGAAAAAAGGGCCUGAAUUCAACAAGGAGUAUGCAGGUGUUAUGCCGACAGCUUUUGGACAUGUGUAUGAUACCACUACUGACGGAAAGACUUACGCAGCUCUACAGAAGGUUCUCAAGGUCUGGCAAGACAGAAAUGUCUUUGAAAAAGAUGUCCUCAAGAAAAUUGAGCUAUCAAAUGAUGAAGGUGAAGACAUACCAGAGCCAGACAUUGCUGAGCCUGAGGAUGAAGCUGUCUCCCCUCCACAACAAGAUGAAGUGAAGGAAAGUAAAAGAGAGCAGCAGGAAGAAGAGGAGUCUACUCCAGCCACUAAGAAACCAAAGCUAGAGGAUCUUCAACGUAUUCUCGAUGAAGAAGAAGAGGAGUUACAGCAGAUAGAAGAUAUGCCUGAUCCUGAUGAACUGGCCCAAGUCUUGAGAGAUCUGGAACAUUCUGCAUCCAGUGAUGCAUCAGUCAGAGAGAGAAUAGCCAAGCUACCACCAGAAGUACAAGACAUUAGUAUGCUGGAGAAAAUAAAAGAUAAAGAAGAUGCAGAGCACCUAUCAUCUGUAGUGAAUGAAGCAGUAUUGAUGUUAUCAGAUUACAACAGUAGACUAUCAUCUGAGAUGAAUCAACGUGAAUCAUUAAUGAAGAUGCUCUCAUCCUAUAAGAUUGGACAACAGCAUCAUCUCAGGACUUCUGUCAAGAAACUUGAGGAAUACAAAGAUCGUCUAGAACGAGUAACGAUGGUGAGAAAGGAACUGAAAUCUCACAUCCAGAAUCUACCGGACCUAUCCCUGUUACCAGAUGUGACAGGAGGACUAGCUCCAUUACCUUCAGCUGGGGAUCUCUUCUCAAUUGAUAUGUGAACACUGUUAGCCAUGGUGUUGUGGUCCAGUGAACCACAAGGUAUAGGGGACGUAUGCAUGGCGCAGCACUAAUGACCUUUGGCAAGACAUUCUUCUACAUUUGCCACACUCGACCCAGGUGAGGUUAAUAUGUACCUGGUAGGAAUUAAUUCCUACUAAUGCUAGAGCGACAUAUUGGCAGCCAUGCUAAAGCCGGGGUAAUAAUUGUGGAGUGCCAGGAGUGACAGACAUGAAGAACCCAAUAUUGUUAUUAUCGGUAUGGUGAGAUAAGCUGAAAUGACUGAGAAGGACUUGCAUUGAUGAGGGAGCAGCAAGGAGAAAGUUAAACGCUAUCAAGCUAAACGGAGCAAGGUGGCCAAAGGGGGACCAUAUGGCGACCGUGCAGUCAGACUGAUAUUACUGCUUCACCCCUGGAGUAUAUAAAACGCAAGGCUCCUGUAUGCCCGACGUACAAUCACCGUUGAACCGCUCUACAGCAUGGCUAGGGCGUGUCUAAUCACUACGAAGAACCUAGAAAUGUUAUAAACAGUUAUAACUCCGCGUUAUAAUCACACGGCAACCCGUAUGGCCUGUAAAGAUAGGGAUACGCCCUAGGGUGACCCUGAGGCCGCUGCAGAUUCUCUGCGGCCGCUGCAAGUAUCUCUCGUUUUGAGGGGGGGAGGCGUACGGCUGCCGUAUCCUAGCCGUAGAGCAAAUGUGACCUAGGCAUAAAGAAGUGGUUGUCUUACAAAACUCAGAACCUUUCUAGAAUAUAACAUCUUAUAUACAUUUGUGAAUACAUCAUUAUGAGGUGUCUUAGUCGAGAGGUUUAAACGCUUAACUGAAAAUGCAAAGGUUGUGGGUUUGAGGGACUAGUGUCCCAUGGCUAGACAAUUAUCUGCAUAUGCCACUUUCCACCCAGGUGUUCAAUGGGUUUCUGGUAGGUUGCGACCAUUAAAGUGUACCAAUCACCUACAAAAUAAUUUAAGACCAGCUAGAAUGCAUAAAAUCACCC